AGGGAGAGCCCACAGGAUAGUGUUGAAGGGAAAUAUGUGACUCCAUUUGGGUUAGGGUUUGGUUAAACUUGGUAUUUAGUUAAUUAUUCAUGGCUGGGCUUCGUCUUCCCCACCGGUGGCAUUUGCUUGCUUUGAAGUGGGAGUAUUCUCAGAUGCACAAAGAGGAUCCGAAUGUGUAGAGUCUUUAAUAUAGGGUCAAGGCAAAAAUCCUCCUUUUAUCGUCGAUCUUUUCUGCCAAUUAAUACCUGAGCCGCCUCCAUGGCCAAUUUCCAACACCGGAGGUUGUACUCUGCUCCUCAGUUGAUCUCCUUUGACCUCCCUCUCCUAAUUCUUCCAUUUUGAUCGAAUAUUGAAUCACGUACGGCUAGUGUGCCAUCAGAUAUUAUUGUAGAAGGUUUUGUUCUCUUGUUGAUGGGAGCCCCCAAGCAGAAAUGGACUGCAGAAGAGGAGUCUGCUCUCAGAGCUGGAGUUCUAAAGCAUGGGGCUGGAAAAUGGCGCACAAUUUUGAAGGAUCCAGAAUUUAGCAGUAUAUUAUGUUUGAGGUCAAAUGUGGACCUCAAGGAUAAGUGGCGGAACUUGAGUGUGACUGCAAAUGGUUGGGGAUCACGAGAGAAGGCCAGAUUGGCCUUGAAAAGGAGCCGACAAAAUUCCAAUCAUGAUUAUAACCCAAAGGCUUUCAACAGAGUAACUGAAGAUAUUGAUGCUCAAAUACUUGAUGCCAAGCCUCUCGCUGUGACUAGUGAAAAUCUUCAUGUUACUGGUCAAAAGAGAUCAUUCUCAAGGCUAGACAAUCUGAUAUUGGAAGCUAUAACAAACUUGAAGGAGCCCACUGGGUCUAACAAGACAACUAUUUCCAUGUAUAUAGAGGAUCAAUAUUGGCCUCCUUCAGAUUUCACUCCAUUGUUAUCAGCUAAGCUGAAGGCGCUAACUGCAAGUGGGAGAUUAAUUAAGGUGAAGCACAAUUAUAGGAUUGCACCAACUUCAGCUUUUUUAAAUGGGAAAACAUCUAAACUUUUGCUUCAUGAGGGUAGACAAAAUGAGCAUUACAGAAUAAUGAGCGAUGAUUUUAGACCUGUCUUAAGAUGUCACGUAGAUGCUGAAUUAGCACGGAUGAGAAAUAUGACUUCACAGGAGGCUGCAUCUGCUGCUGCACAAGCCGUUGCUGAGGCAGAAGCAGCCAUGGUGAAAGCUGAAGAAGCAGCAAGAGAGGCAGAGGCUGCAGAAGCUGAUGCAGAAGCAGCACAGGCUUUUGCAGAGGCAGCAAUGUUGACUAUGAAAAGCAGAAAUAAUCUAACCUGAUGGUCCAAGUUUGAGGGGGAAUUGUCUCGGCUCUUGAACUGGUUUUCCAGAUACAACUCUACCGGAUAUGCUGUUUUCUUGGUUUUACAGUUAUUUUGUAGGAUAUAUGGUUAUGCUUGUCAUGUUUUGCAUAAUUUCACAAUGAUGGUGACCCUUGGAAAUCUUGCUCGGUUCACUACAAACCUUGGAAGCUGUUUAGCCAUGGCAUUGUCAUCGCAUUAAACAAUCGUUGAUUUAUUUGCUAACGGAAGAGCAAGUGGGGUGUUUGGAGAGCUGAAAUUUCAGAGCGAAAUAAAAAUUGCUGCUUGGAUUUUGACGAAUGUGCAGAUGCUCGACUGUAAGCAAGAUGAACACAUAUCCUCGAGUCAGUCACCAUUUGUUCACGAGAUUGUACUGUGGAAAAAAUGACAUCAUAUAUAUAUUGUGUAUUUGCUUGUCUAAUGUUCUCUGUACAGGUUCCGUUAUGCAAGUCUUAGUUGUCGAA